GGUAGCUGCAUGACCAGCAGGGGUAGGUUAGUGGAAGGAGUGCAUGUGGACUACAUCCACAUUAGUAAAGACACGGACAGACAAGCUGCUUGUGGACUGUAUUGAGAGCUUGGAGCCUUGCACUGAACCAGACGGAGUUAUGUACUGUGCUCAUCCUGUCUCUGGCACAGGCAACAACUCAUUGAUGUAUUGCUACAACAUGAAACCAGUUUAUGGGCAGUCUCCCACUAAUGACGACAUCAACCAGAACUCAUCUUCACAUUCGUCCAACAAGGCCCACAGCAAUGUGUUCGCAAGCACCUUCUUUGAGGGGACAAGCAAUUCGCCCGACAUCUGGAAUGCUGUAAAUGGGCUGAACCAGCAGGGCUAUGAAGGUGCAUUGGGAGCAGCCACAACCCACCAAACACAGCCGGGGAGACACAGCAGCCUGCAGCCGCCACAACACAGCCACCUGGACUACUCCCCACAUUCAGUGAUGGUUGCUGACAUGAACAGGGGUCUCCCACCAAUGUCCACUUUUCACCGCAACAAUACAGCGUCACACACUCCGUCAAUCAACACCUCAGAGAAUUCAACAGUCUCAGGGAGCAAGGGACAUGUGUCAGGAGGAUCACAGACGGGCGAUACCUUAGGCAAAGCUCUGGCCUCUAUUUAUUCCCCCGAUCACACUAGCAGCAGCUUCCCCUCCAGCUCGUCCACACCAGUGAGGUCUCCGUCUCCGCUGCCCAACGCAGCUGAAACUGCAGGUACCAACAUGUGGCCCCGGAGUUCAGUUCAGGCACCAGUGUCACCACACUAUGAGUCUUCACUUAUAUCAUUGUCUCAGGUGGAGGACCGACUAGACAGACUGGACGAUGUGAUCCACGUCCUGAGGAACCACGCUGUGGGCCCCACAGCCGGCCUACCCACUGACAUCCACGGCCUGCUAAACCAGAACCUCCACGGCCACCUGGGAUCAGCCAGCACUCUACCGCUCACCUGUCACACUUCAGCCAUGGUUGAAGCCGUCAAUAUGAAUAACAACCACUCAGCCUUCCAGAACCGCACACAAAAUGGCCACCCAUAUUCAGCCAGACAGAGGGCCACUCUUAAGCCCAUGCAAAGUGGAGGAGGUCUGGGAGUUCAGAGUAAUCUGGAGCUGAAAAUGGAAAGUGGGCAUAGGGAAGAGAUGAUGCACACCAAUCACAGUCACAGCUCUGACAGCCAGAGAUCAGAUGAGGAGAGCGAACACAAAACACAAGGAGAAAACAGCGGAUGUAACAGUAUCCAUGAGGAUGAGGAUCUGAGCCCGGAGCAGAAGGCCGAACGUGAGCGCGACAGGAGGAUGGCCAACAACGCCCGUGAGCGUCUGCGUGUGCGGGACAUCAACGAGGCCUUUAAGGAGCUGGGCCACAUGUGUCAGCUGCACCUGAAGAGUGAGAAGCCACAGACCAAGUUGCUGGUGCUGCACCAGGCCGUGGCAGUGAUCCUUAGCCUGGAACAACAAGUCAGAGAGAGGAACCUGAACCCGAAGGCAGCGUGUCUGCGGAGAAGAGAGGAAGAAAAGGCGUCUGCAGUCAUGACGGAUCCACAGUCCAUGCAUCUCGCUUUCCAUCCCAGCCUGACAGACCCAGCAAACCCCAUGGGCCACCUCUGAGCAUCUAAUAAUAACUACUGCAAAUCCAGCAAUCAAAUGUUGCGUGAAAUGCAUCCCAGGAAGCGUCCAGCUGUUUUGGACAUCCAGUGUUUCUUCUAAAUUCGGACCAGAAUGGAAGGUGUCCACCUCUCACAAUCAUCUCCUCGCUUCCCAAACGGACUUCUAACUUUGUGCCUAAACUUAACUUGUAACAGACAAAUGCAUUGUAAGCUGCAGAUGUUUUGUACAUAUUUUGUAUAUUUAUUGAUUAUCUGUCCGUUUUGAAUAUAUCUUAAAGGAAGAAAUCCAGUAGUGAUGAGGUGUCAUCUGCAGUUUUAGAUUUUUUGGCAGAUCCAGAUAUGUUUAUGACAGUGUAUCACUAUUUACCAGGUACACUUGUGAUUUCCACCAGCUCAGAGGACUGACAUUCCCACAUCUGUGUGUUCAGACAACAGUUUGUCCUGUGGUGUGUGUGAGCUGUUCUGUUUGUGUGUGUGUGUGUGUGUGUGUGUGUGUGUGUGUGUGUGUGUUUGUGUGUUCAGGAGUUUGACCAUUCUGUGAAUGAACAGAUCUCCGAGAAUGUUCUUUAACAUGUGGGCAUUAUCUGUUAUUUGUAUAUUUGUUACAAAUAUGUGUUAUACUGUAGCAGGAUUACACUUAAUGAUACACUGGUGGACAGAAUCCUUCUUCUCAGUGUAAUUAUUGCUCUUCAGACGUAGUCCAAGCUUUUUGCAUGUUUGAGUUUUUAAUAGAACAUUAAAUUUUUUUUAUAAGUUAUGUAACUUAUCUUUUAUACAAAUAUUGUGAAUUUCAUAAUGUCUCUAUUUACUUUUAUAUAAUAAAACCCUUGUGCAGUUUCACUAGAUGUAGCCACAGUUCAUGCUCUGAGCAAUACAGUAUUCCAGAAUAAUUGAUGUCUUGUUUGCUUAUCACACUGCUAAACAAAUAACAAAUAAUAAUCAAACAUAAUCUGAAUAAUAAUAUCAUAACAUGUACAGUCCGUGUACAGUUUGAAGUAGCCUAAAGGCAUGUGUCAAAAUGAUAAUGUAGCAAUAAAUGUCUUUUUUCAAAUA